UCUAGCAUUCAUAAAACCACGAGUUCAGUCCCCAGGAGAUGGGGGAAAGCACAAUCAAGGCCCAGGAAGUGGCAAGAGACCCGAGGAGAGAGGGGUGGAGAGGGGGUGGGGAAGAGACGCCCCAAAGAGUAGCGGAAAAGAUAAGGGAUGCAAAAGUUAGGACCAAUCUAGAUGCCUGUUCCCAAGGCUACUGGCAAGAAUGGUUUGCUUGGUUAUCUUAUGUAAACGAAGAGUGGCCAACCCACGUCUUGAAUACCCUUAAUCUCCCCAGUGAGAAUCUAUUCCUAUUUCAUUAUGCCAAUUAACCAAAACGCGGGUGCACAAGGGUGGAUAAAGAGAGCUGACACAGUUGUAGCUGCGGCCUCAAGAGAGACUUUCUGAUUAAGUGCCUGCUGACCAGUGCUGCCAUGGGAAUUGCUGUUUGGGAAAUGGACCGCCCCAGAGGAUAGAUUCAAUCUACUAACUUAUACAUAAUAUCCAACCUGUCUACCCUAAAGCAUUUUUGAAACAAUUUAAAGCCAUCAUAACAAGGAAAGGAGAAGAAACCGUCCUUAUAGGUCCUCGGGGAACAGAAGCCCAGUCUCUUUGCCAGCAAGCGCUUGUUUGCAUACAUGAAUAGUUAACUAACUGGAAAGACAGCCCCGGGAAUGAAAGGUGGAAGUGGAGAGGUACUCGGAAGUCAAGGACUCCCGUGGAACGACGACUCCCAGAAGGCCUUGUCACUGCUGCGGAAGAACUCCCCAAGGUCACGCGAAAGACGCGACUGGGGCUAAUCUGUCUUUUCUCACUAGCCCCUUACCUGGGGCUUCCAACGCUCUGCGCACCACCUACUUAUUACUGGCUCUCAGGUUUCCAAGGUAACAGUGCAGUGGGACGGUCUUAGACCGGAAAAAAAAAAGAGAAACCCGGAAGUGACGUCCUUACUUCGCGUCGGGGCGAGAAAGUUCGAAAAUGGCGGCGCGCAAGGGACGGAGGCGCACAUGUGAAACUGGGGAACCCAUGGAGGCUGAGUCCUGCGAUCCAGCAUCCGAAAGCCCAUCCCAGGUCUACCUGCCCGGCAAGGGACCGCCAUUAGGAGAAGGGGAGGAGCUGGUGAUGGACGAGGAGGCCUACGUGCUGUACCAUCGUGCGCAAACUGGCGCCCCUUGUCUCAGCUUUGACAUAGUCCGAGAUCACCUGGGUGACAACCGGACAGAACUCCCGCUCACUCUCUUCUUGUGUGCGGGAACCCAGGCUGACAGCGCCCAGAACAAUAGACUGAUGAUGCUUCGGAUGCACAAUCUCCAUGGGACCAAGCCGCCACCCUCAGAGGGCAGUGAUGAUGAUGAAGAGGAAGAUGAAGAGGAUGAAGAGGAGCGGAAACCUCAGCUGGACCUGGCCAUGGUUCCUCACUAUGGUGGCAUCAACCGAGUUCGGGUAUCCUGGCUGGGAGAGGAGCCUGUGGCUGGAGUAUGGUCAGAGAAGGGCCAGGUAGAAGUGUUUGCACUGAGGCGGCUCCUACAGGUGGUAGAUGACCCCCAGGCCCUGGCCAUUUUCCUCCGGGAAGAACAGGCCCGCAUAAAGCCCAUCUUCUCCUUUGCUGGCCACAUGGGUGAGGGCUUUGCUCUUGACUGGUCCCCUCGAGUGCCUGGCCGCUUGGUGACUGGUGACUGUCAGAAGAACAUCCACCUCUGGACACCCACGGAUGGUGGCUCCUGGCAUGUGGACCAGAGACCAUUUGUGGGCCACACACGCUCCGUGGAGGAUCUGCAGUGGUCACCAACUGAGGACACGGUGUUUGCCUCCUGCUCAGCUGAUGCCUCCAUUCGCAUCUGGGACAUCCGAGCAGCCCCAGGCAAGGCCUGCAUGCUCACCACGGCCACUGCCCAUGAUGGGGAUGUCAAUGUCAUCAGCUGGAGCCGCAAGGAACCCUUCCUGCUCAGCGGUGGGGAUGACGGCGUCCUCAAAGUCUGGGACCUACGGCAGUUUAAGUCUGGCUCCCCUGUGGCCACCUUCAAGCAGCACAUGGCCCCUGUGACCUCUGUCGAGUGGCACCCUCAGGACAGUGGGGUUUUCGCAGCCUCUGGCGCUGACAACCAGAUCACACAGUGGGACCUGGCGGUUGAGCGGGACCCAGAGGCAGGGGAGGCAGAAGCAGACCCUGGGCUGGCAGCACUCCCCCAACAGUUGCUGUUCGUGCACCAAGGGGAGACCGACCUGAAAGAGCUGCACUGGCACCCGCAGUGCCCAGGGGUCCUGAUCAGCACUGCCCUGUCAGGCUUCACCGUCUUCCGCACCAUCAGCGUCUAAGGUGGCCAGCACUUGCCUCACACCCUGGCUCUUCAUGGGAACUGGAUUGGCUAACCUGGCAGGGAUCAUUAGGUCUGCAAACUGCACCCCAGAAAGGAAGACUCGUUCAACUGGCCUGUGUGGAACAGAAGUAAUGGAUUCUGCUGCCCUGGUGUCUGGAUGUGGAUUGGCCCUGGUUCAUACACUUAGACCAAAGACCUUGCCCAUCCCAGAUGUGGCCUCUCUAUAAGAUUUCUGUCCGUAUUGACUCUUGGCUUGACACUUAGACCUCUGCCCCAGGAACAAGUUCUGGCUGGUGAUGGACUCUGGGGACUUGAAGGGCUUUGCCAUGCUGGGCUGAGUCUGGGUCUGGGUGCUCCAGUGGAAUUUAGUUUUCGCUUUGCUUUCUGGCCAGCUAGGUUCCGCUGAGAUCCCAGCUGGGGACUCGGGUCCCUCACUGUGCUGACCACUAUUGUAGUGGAGGGAGGUCUGGGCUUCUGCUGCAGUAAAAGACAGUAA